UUCAUAAAAUUUUGAGGAAAAAAGAGAAAAUUCUAUAGUAAAUGAGGAGCCCGACACUGAACUCAGAUAAUUUUUUCUUUCUCAUCCUCACCCUCACUAUUUUCUGCCAACAGCAAAACCACUUCAACACAGCAUCAACACAAAACGACGGAAACUCCUCUCUCCGCAGCGGCAGCGGCGGCGGCGAUUUACGGCGGUCUUUCUGCUUCUCCCAUUCCUCACCUUGGCAUGUGAAACUUGUCAAAAUGAGCACCGACGAUUUUGAUGGACAGAUAUUAGCAGAGAAGUUGUUGAAACUCAACAAUUCGCAGCAAAGCAUUGAAAAUCCGUGUAUUUUGUAUUCCUUACAUAUCCACUCAGCACUAUCCCGAUGGUGUAUUUCCCAUCGCAAGAAGGCAAGGGAAAUUGUUGAAACAUGGGAUAAAUUGUUCAAUGGUUCCCAGAAAGAGCAGCGUGUCUCUUUUCUGUACUUGGCUAAUGACAUCUUGCAAAAUAGUAGGCGAAAGGGAAGUGAGUUCGUAAAUGAAUUCUGGAAAGUUCUUCCUGGAUCUCUGAGAAGUGUUUAUGAAAGUGGUGAUGAACAAGGAAGGAAAGCUGUGACGAGACUCGUUGACAUAUGGGAGGAGAGGAAGGUUUUUGGUUCCCGAGGUCAGGGUCUUAAGGAUGAAAUUAUGGGUACGCGAGGUCAGGGUCUUAAGGAUGAAAUUAUGGGUAAGAGUCCACCUCCAUCCUCUACAAGCAAUGGAAAGAGUUCAAAUUCUAUUAAGAUGGUGAAGAGAGAUGCCCACUCAGUGAGAAUUAAACUGGCUAUUGGGUGUUUGCCUGAAAAAAUACUGACAGCUUAUCAGGCUGUUCUCGAUGAAAAUACCAGUGAGGAAGCUGCCUUAAACAAGUGUGAUGCUGCUGUACGAGAUAUGGGUAAACUUGUUGAAGAUGUUGAGAAUAUGUUGGCUCAAGGGAACCAACUGGGAUCCACUUUGAUGAAUGACUUGCAAGAGCAGGAAAAGGAGCUUAAACAAUAUAUGGAGCAGCUUGAAAAUGCUGAGGCUGCGAGGAUUUCUUUGCUUUCUCAGCUUAAAGAUGCACUGCUGGAACAAGAAUCAAGGCAAGAUAUUGUUCGCAGCCAGUUGCUGGUCGCCCGGGGACAAAUUGAGAAAGCAGCUGGUAUUCGGAAGCGGCUUAACCAAACUGCAGAAGCCACUCUACCACCAGUGCAAUUAAACACCACCACCACUUCUCAGCCUACCUAUGCCCAACAAUCUAUGUCAUUUGCUUCAUUCCAAACUACGGAAGAUGAUAACAAGAAGGCUGCAGCUGCUGCUGUUGCUGCUAAGCUUGCUGCAUCUACAUCCUCUGCCCAAAUGCUUACCUCAGUUCUCUCUUCUCUUGUAGCUGAAGAAGCUGCCUCCAUGAAUGGUGGCUUAAGUUCUACUGGAUUUGCAUCAGGAUUAUUCAACCCUGAGAAAAGACCUAAACUUGAGAAACCUAUGUCUGUUACUGAUGUUAACUCUUCUGACAUUGCGAGCUCUUCCUUUUUCUCCGCUCUACAACAGCCAUCAGCCAUAAACAUGUCAUCGGUCGGCUUGCAAACCAUGUCUCAAGCCAAUCAACUACAACCGACAUUUGCUUCAGCACCCACACCCCCGCCUCAUUCUCCUGCAAAUCCACCAUCAAAUCAAUAUGUCCAAUCAACAGGUUUGAUGGUUGGGGGAGCAGUACCUUAUGUUUAUGGAUCGGUUAACCUACCGCCUCCACCUCCUUUGCCUCCGCAUGUGGCUAUGGGGUUGUCAGUGCCCAGCUCUCAACCCCCACAGCAGCAACCACAGUCAUCACCAGGAGGAUUUUACAGGCCAUCUAGCAUAGGAUUUUAUGGGCAAAGCCACCCAUCAACGCCACCACCAGUACCUAGGCAGUGAGCAUUAUCUGAACACUCCACCAGCCGACACUGCGGCAAAAAAUUAUUUCUAGUUCCUCUGGGAAAUCUAUGUAGGCUGAGGAUUUUCCAGAAUCUGUGUAAUAAUGUAUAUUAUUAGAAAAUUAGAAGUGGCUAGAGUUUAUAAUUAAUCUGUAGCAUUUUACACCC